AUGGCUUCAUGUCUUUUACACAAUGUUGGUCUAUCAUUAGGAGCACAGUUAAUCGGACAAUUCGAAGGAAAGGGCACCGGUUUACAAUGGUCAAUGAUAAAUCAGGGAUUUUCUGUUGAUGAUAAUUUUACGAUGGUAGAUGUUCUUAUAAUGUUGUACGCAGAUGCACUGAUUUAUCUCAUAAUAGCAUUGUAUAUCGAGAAAAUUUGGCCAGGACAGUAUGGCGUACCGAAAUCAUGGUAUUUUCCGUUUACACUAACCUAUUGGCGAGGGCAUGCACAUAAUAAUAUGAAUUAUGUUGCAGUUGAUGCUACAAAUGGACUGUCUCCUUCUGAGUCAACAAAUGAAUUUGAAGAGGAACCAAAAGAUAAAGCACUGGGUAUUUCUCUUUUUAACGUAUCAAAGGUGUAUUCAUUUUUCUUGAAAACAAAACAGCCAAUUCAUGCCGUACGCAAUGUCAGCUUGAAUAUUUACAAUGGUCAAUUGACUGCUCUGUUGGGUCACAAUGGAGCAGGAAAAUCGACAACGAUUUCAAUGAUCACAGGUUAUAUACCGCCCACAACUGGUCAAAUUGUUGUUAAUGGCUUCGAUAUUGCCACAUCAAUUGAUAAAGUUCGUGAUAAUUUGGGUUUAUGUCCACAAUAUAACAUAUUAUUCGAUUAUUUGACUGUUAAAGAACAUUUGAAGCUGUUUGCUAUUCUAAAAGGGCACCCAUCGAAUGACGUUGAAAAUGAAAUACAAAAAAUGGUUAAAGAUCUGAAUUUGGAAGAUAAGUUAAAUACUCUCUCAAAAGCAUUAUCCGGCGGUAUGAAACGAAAAUUAAGUGUCGGUAUUGCAUUAAUUGCUGAUUCAAAAAUCGUUAUUUUGGAUGAACCAACGAGCGGAAUGGAUCCUGCUGCUAGACGUUCUACAUGGGAUAUGUUACAACGUUAUCGUACUGAUCGAACAAUUUUAUUCACAACUCAUUUCAUGGAUGAAGCUGAUAUUCUGUCAGAUAGAAUUGCUAUCAUUGGCGAUGGUCGAAUACGAUGUUGUGGUUCACCAUUUUUUCUAAAAACAAAAUAUGGUGUUGGUUAUCAUUUAAUAUUAUCUAAAAAUGUUGAAGCAGAUGUUGAAAAUAUUGUUCAAAUUGUUCAAAAGCAUGUACCAUUAGCUCAAUUAGAAAGUAACAUUAGUGCCGAAUGUAGUAUAUUAUUACCACAUGCAUCAUCAGCAAAAUUUCCUGAUUUGUUUGAUGAAAUUGAACAGAAAAAAGAUUCUUUACAAAUAUUUAGUAUUGGAUUAUCAGAAACAUCUAUUGAAGAAGUUUUUAUGAAGAUCGUUGAAACUGAGGAACUUACUGAUACCAUAUCAAUGUUGCCAGAAAAACAAUUGAAUAAUGGAUUUCAAGAAGAUACUGAAACGAUUCCAGAUAAUGGACAUUAUUCAAAUGAUGAUGCCGCACUUGUCACUAUAAACUCUACAUCUGAAACAAUAAUAGCCAAAAAUUCUGAUAUUUCUCUGUGGAUUCAACAAUUAAAAGCGUUGCUUCUGAAACGUAUAUUGAAUUCUGCUCGUAAUUAUUUGGUUUUAUUUGCGACAUUUUUACCCGCUAUAUUCGUGAUCAUAUCACUUAUUAUUGAACAACAAAUACCAAGACCAGAAGAUUCACCCCCACUCCUUAUCACCGCUGACCGCUAUUCUUGGACACGUGUACCCUAUACUUAUGAUACAAAUUCAUCGAUAUCAACAGCAUUUGCCAAUAUCUACAGGAAUAUUACAGCACAUUCUGAUAAGGAGACACCGAUCGAUUUAACAAAACCAUUUCAAGGUGAUUGCCAUGAUUUGAAACCAAUGAAUUUGUUAGGAUAUCUUGGAUGUAUUGGAAGAUUGAGUGUCGGUAAACUGACGGAUCAUUAUUUAAUUGCCGCAGAUAUUCAUGAGUACAAUAAUUACUCAUCUAAUGAUAAUAAAACUGAUUUACAUUUAAUCGGUUUAUUUAAUAAUCAACCGUUUCAUGUUCCACCGUUAACGUUGAAUGAGUUAACAAAUUCUCUAUUACAUUAUUAUUCGAUAACUGACAAUUACACCAAUAAUAGUUUUAUAAAAGUCAUCAAUCAUCCAUUACCACGAUCAUCGAGAGAUGAACUAAACGAUUUUCAAUCAAAACAAUUUUUUGGUUUUCGUUUAUCAUCAUCGAUCGUCUUCGGAAUGGGCUUUGCGAUGGCCUCAUUUGCCGUGUUUCUGAUUAAAGAACGUGUUUCAAAAGCAAAACAUUUACAAUUUUUAAGUGGAGCAAAUGCCGCUAAUUUUUGGAUCUCAACAAUUAUAUGGGAUGCCGUUUAUUACUUGAUUCCAACAGUUUGUAUAUAUUUUGUAUGGUGGAUAUUUUAUCACACGGAUGCCCUUAAAGAGGAUAUUGGUGUUUUUAUAACGGGACCACGUUUAGGUUACACAAUAUUGUUAUUUGCAUUGUAUGGUUGGGCUCAUAUACCCUAUACAUAUUUACUUUCAUACUUAUUUCAAAUACCCUCAUCUGGUUUCGCAUGGAUUACAAUUAUCAAUAUUAUAACAAGUCAAGCUACUCUUUUAGCUGUUGUCAUUUUGGCAAUUCCGCAAUUAAAUUUAGUCAAUAUUUCAAAAAUACUUGAAUGGAUAUUUCUAAUAUUAUUUCCCAACUACAGUCUAGCACAAGCAUUUAAUGACAUAUAUUCAAAUCAUGAAUAUUUAAAGAUUUGCCCAGGACUAUCAGAGCUUUGUCCAUUGGGACCGAAUCCAUGCUGUAAAAACAAUUGUGGCUCAGAUUGCAUUGAUUGGUCAUACAAUUAUUUGGAUUGGCAUAAGCCCGGUAUUGGACGAUUUAUUGUAUUUUUAUUUUUGCAAGGUUUAAUUUCGUUUACUCUAUUGUUAUUAAUCGAUUUUGGUAUCGCACACCGAUUUAAAUCGUUUGUAUUCUCGUGUGGAAAGAAAAACCAGAAAGAAUACACAAAAUUAAAUUCUAACACGUCUGAUACAAUAACAAGGAUUGCUCAACCUAUUACAAAUCAAACCACAACAGAAGCAAUAACAACGGAUGAUCUAAUAUACGGUGCUGGUGUGCUCGAUGAUGAUGUUAAAAACGAAGAAGAACGCAUUCAACAAACACCAACUAAUCGUCUGAUGGAAACCGAUGUUUUAGUUUUGAAUAACGUAUCAAAAGUCCAUGGAAUGCUUCGCGCAGUAGAUAAAGUUUCAUUCGGUGUUAAAAAACAAGAGUGUUUUGGUUUAUUAGGAGUGAAUGGAGCAGGAAAGACUACAAUCUUCAAAAUGAUAACUGGUGAUGAAUUAGCUAGUAAUGGUUCUAUUGUAUUAGAUCAUCUUGAUAUUAACACAAACAUGAGAAGAGCACAACGAAAAAUGGGUUAUUGUCCACAAUUCGACGCAUUAAUUGACUUACUCACCGGUGAAGAAACAUUAUAUUUAUUUGCUCGCUUACGUGGUGUCAUGGAAAUUUUCAUACCAAAUUUAGUUCGAGAUAUCAUAACAUUAAUGAAUUUAGAUAAACAUGCAAAAAAAUAUGUCUACGCAUAUAGUGGUGGUAAUAGAAGAAAAUUAAGUGCUGCCGUGGCCUUGAUUGGAGAUCCAGCUAUCAUAUUUUUAGAUGAGCCCACUACAGGUAUGGAUCCAAAAGCACGUCGGUACUUUUGGAAUGCUAUAGCAAAAUUUCGUGAUUGUGGAAAACCGAUUAUACUAACGUCACAUAGUAUGGAGGAAUGCGAAGCCUUAUGUACAAGAAUAGCUAUUAUGGUCAACGGACGUUUGAAAUGUCUGGGUAGCAUUCAACAUCUUAAAUCAAAAUAUGGUCAAGGUUAUACAUUAGUUGCCAAAUUGAAUUCGUUUACCGAAGAUAAAAUAAAUGAUUUUUUUAACGUAAUUAAAAAUACAUUUCCUAAUGCUCAAUUUAAAGAAGCAUAUGAAGGUUACAUCCAUAUUCAUAUUGAUGAAUCAAAUCUAUCAUUCAUAUUAGCCAAGUUGUUUCGUAUAGUUGAAAGUUGUAAACAAAAGUAUAAUAUUGAAAAUUAUACCGUUAGUCAAACAACGUUAGAACAAGUGUUUUUAACUUUUGCCAAAUCACAAUUGGAUCCAGAUGAAUUAAAACAUCGUUUAAGAAAAAACAGGACACUAUUUGGAUUAAUAAAAUCUGGUUCAUCAUCUUAA